AUGGAAGAAACAUUUGUUCCUUUUCGUGGAAUAAAAAAUGAUCUGAAAGGGAGGCUUCUAUGCUAUAAACAAGACUGGAGUGGUGGACUACGUGCAGGUAUCAGGAUCUUGGCUCCAACAACAUACAUAUUCUUUGCAUCGGCAAUUCCAGUUAUAUCUUUUGGAGAGCAACUGGAAAGAAAUACUAAUGGAACCUUGACAGCUGUGCAAACGCUUGCAUCAACAGCACUUUGUGGUGUGAUCCACUCGAUCAUUGGUGGACAACCACUUCUCAUACUUGGCGUUGCUGAGCCAACAGUGUUGAUGUACACAUUCAUGUUCAAUUUUGCUAAAGAUCGAAAAGAUUUGGGGGAGAAAUUAUUUUUAGCCUGGACAGGAUGGGUGUGCGUAUGGACGGCCCUUUUACUUUUCUUGCUGAGCAUCUUGGGUGCAUGCUCUAUUAUCAACCGAUUUACGCGCUUGGCUGGCGAAUUGUUUGGUCUUUUGAUUGCAAUGCUCUUUAUGCAGCAGGCAAUUCGUGGAGUUGUGGAGGAGUUUGGAAUUCCAAAAAGAGAAAAUCCGAACGAGACUGCAUUUCAACCUUCCUGGCGCUUUGGAAAUGGAAUGUUUGCAUUAGUUCUGUCCUUUGGCCUUCUUACUACUGCACUGAAGAGCCGUAAAGCUAGAUCAUGGCGAUAUGGAACAGGAUGGCUUCGGGGAUUUAUUGCUGACUACGGUGUCCCACUCAUGGUGCUUGUGUGGACUGCUGUAUCUUAUAUACCGGCUAAUGAUGUUCCACGAGGGAUACCAAGGCGGCUAUAUAGCCCAAAUCCAUGGUCUACUGGUGCAUACUCAAAUUGGACAGUCAUUAAGGAAAUGCUGAAUGUGCCUCUACUGUAUAUUAUUGGAGCUUUUAUUCCCGCCACAAUGAUUGCCGUCCUUUACUAUUUUGACCAUAGUGUUGCAUCUCAACUUGCCCAGCAAAAUGAAUUCAAUCUAAAGAAGCCUUCUUCUUAUCACUAUGACCUUCUUCUAUUGGGUUUCUUGGUCAUACUAUGUGGUCUUAUCGGCAUCCCUCCGUCCAAUGGAGUUAUUCCACAAUCUCCUAUGCAUACAAAAAGUUUGGCCACUCUGAAACAUCAGCUUUUGCGAAAUAAGCUUGUAUCAACAGCUCGAAGCAGCAUGCAGAAAAAUGCAAAUUUAUCUCAGUUGUAUAGGAGCAUGCAAGAAGCUUACAACGAAAUGCAAACUCCUCUUGUCUAUCAAACUCCACAAGCUCUGGGUCUGAAGGAGUUGAAAGACUCCACGGUCCAACGAGCCUCUAGUAGCAGAUACAUAGACGCACCAGUCGAUGAGGCUGUUUUUGAUGUCAAUAAGGAUAUUGAUGAUCUUUUACCUGUGGAAGUUAAAGAACAACGACUCAGCAAUCUGCUUCAGGCAUUAAUGGCUGGGAGUUGUGUUGCUGCUAUGCCUCUUUUAAAAAAAAUUCCAACUUCAGUCCUCUGGGGGUACUUUGCUUUCAUGGCAAUUGAAAGUUUGCCUGGAAAUCAAUUCUGGGAGAGAAUAUUAUUGCUUUUUACUGCUCCAAGUCGAAGAAACAAGGUGCUAGAUGAUUAUCACGCUACCUUUGUCGAGACGGUACCUUUUAAAACAAUUGCCCUUUUCACCAUAUUUCAAACAACCUACUUGCUCUUGUGCUUUGGCAUAACAUGGAUUCCAUUAGCUGGCGUCCUUUUCCCACUGUUGAUUAUGCUUCUCGUCCCAGUGAGACAGUAUUUACUUCCCAAGUUUUUCAAAGGAGCACAUUUACAAGACUUGGAUGCAGCUGAAUAUGAAGAAGCCCCUGCUAUAACUUAUAACUUAUCCUUUGAAGAUCAAAGCGCACAGGCACGAGUCACCAAUAUUGACAGUGGUGAGGUUCUCGAUGCUAUCAUAACAAGAAGUCGUGGUGAGAUACGACAAGCCUGCAGCCCAAAAGUAACAAGUUCCACAGAGUCGCCCCACGAGGAAAUGAAUUCUGUUUAUAGCCCACCUUUGUCUCAAAGGGAAAACAGCCCUCGACUGAAGGAAAUAAGGACCCAAAGAAACACUAUAUCUGGUGGAAAAGGACUUGAAAUAAAGCAAACUCCAAGUCCUCGGCCAUCUUUACUUAGCCAAAGCAGUCGUGGUUCACCUCCACCUGAUACCGUAUGA